GUGCGAAUGGCCGGGAAUCUGCAUUACGAUGUAAAUUGUCAACUGGGAAAAGCACGUGGCGUUUACAUUUUAAAAAUGAAAGCAAAGUCUAAAAGUAAGAAGGUAUUUAAAAAAGGAGAUCAAUGUGUACAAAACCCUAAAAGUAGAAAAUUUAGAGACCAAGUUAAGAAAAAUGUUUUUACGCAAAGGUCUUCAAAAAAAGGACUGACAUUACAAGCUUUAGAAAAACACGAUGAGGAAAUUGAAGAUUUUGGAGACCUUGCUAUUAGUGAAAAAACUGCAGAAUCAACAAAGUCUACAGCUUUUUCUAUAAGCGGACUUACUGAUUGCUCUAACAUAACUUUUAGUGCUGUUCUAGAUAAAUGGCACUCUCCUAAUUCACUAGAUCAAGAGAAAUGUGCCAUACUGGCAGCUGUAACAGAGGUUAUCAGAAGCAAAGGUGGAUCUGAGACGGAAUCAGAAUAUUUUGGUGCUCUUAUGACUACAUUAGCAUCUAAUGAUGGAGAAGACUCUGCAACAGCAAUAACAUAUCUUCUUAGUUUAGUAUUAAAAAAGCUGCCAGUGGCACUUUUAAAAAUGAAGUUUUCCCAAUCUUCUAAAUUAUUUAUGGAACUGCUUUCUAAAUAUUAUGAAAAUGGUCGUGCAGCACUCUUAAUAAGUCUACUAGAAUGCUUGACUAUCAUUUUGAGUGCAGUUGAAGCAGCAGUAUGGCAUGAGUCUUCAACCCAACAAUGUUUUCAGGCUUUGCUUACAUUCGCUAUUCACAGUAAACCAAGAGUAAGAAAAGCUGCUCAUUCUAACAUUAAGUCGUUGUUGAAAAUUGCUGUAGCUAACAACAAAAAUCACCAAUCUGCAGCAAUUGCUGCAAAAUAUUGUGAAGAAACUUUGAAACAACAAGAUUCGAAAAUUUCCUCCAAUCAUAUUUUAAACUUACUGAAACAGUGUAUGGGAAUGUUUUCAUCUGAAAAUUUAAAAAUUUUAUGUGAAGCAGUUUUAAACACUAUGUCUUCAAAUGACUUGAUUGUCAAAACAAAUUCUAUGCAAACACUUUAUGCCUUAUUUGAAAGUCAUCCACCCGAAGAAAACCUUACUUUGGAGCUAAAUGGUAAAAUCAUUAAUGCUUUAAAUGAUUUUCAACCCAGUGUUAAUGAUGUUCAUGUUUCUGAAGGAUGGUUAGUUAUGCUGGCUGCAGCACACUCCAACCUCUCAUUAUUGAAUAGAAAAUCGUGUUUAAAUGCAUUACCAAAGUUCUUUAGCUCAGCUUUAUCAUUUUUUUCAUCAGAGCAUAAAGCUGUUGCUAAGGCUGCAGCAGAUGCAAUGAAGUUAACUAGUCAAAAUUGCUUGGAAAAUAUUCAAGACGAACUUACUGAGGAUAUAAAAUUAGAAAAUUCUUCAUUUAAACAAAUCAUUAAGAUUAUGGAAUCAGGUUUGCGUUAUAAAUAUCAACCAUUAUGGAAUGUUGUUUUACAAUGUUUGCAAUAUUUAUAUGCAACAUUCGGAAGCACAUGCCGGUCAGUAAUGAUCAAAGGAGUUGCAUCUCUUAUUGACUUACAUGAUAAUCCUGAUUUUCCAUUUAAAAAUGACCUUCUCAAUACCAUUGGUGCUGCUUUCAAGGGAAUGGGACCUAAGGCGAUUAUACUAGAACGUCCUUUAGAAUUGUUACGAAAUGAUGAUGUAUGUCAAUUCCCAAGAGCCUGGUUACUUCCUGUAAUGAAAGACAAUAUCCAAAAUAGUGAAUUAAAGUUUUUUAUUUCUUACUUUUUACCUAUGGCAGCCAAGUUAAGACAAAAAGCUUUAAAAUGUAGAGCAAUAAACCAAGAUCUCGAAGCAAAAGUUUAUGAAACACUCCAAUCCCAGAUAUGGGCUUUAUUACCUGGAUUUUGUAACAACCCUUCUGACCUUUCUUCGGAGUUCAAAAACAUUGCUAUGAUUUUGGGAACUGCACUAACUGAACAAAAAGAAUUGCGAUCUGUUGUUUUGCAAGCCUUGAGAAUGCUCAUCAGUAAAACAGUUGAUGAAACUGACCUGAAAGCAAUCGGAUAUUACUCAAAAAACUACUUGCCUAUAUUGUUCAAUCUAUACACAUCUGAUGAUAAAGACUGUCAAGCUGUAUCGCUUUCUGUUUUAGAAACAAUCAAAAUGUUUCUUCAUGUUACAGACAAAAAUCUCAUCAAGACUUUUGCUAAGAAGCUGAUUGAAAAAUUAGCAGAUGAUAGCUCUGCUGACAAAAAGCAUCAUUUAAUGGAUUUAGCUGUUGCCAUGGUCAAGUAUUCUGAUGAAGAAGUUGUUAAUCAAUUGUUUUCCAUUGCUGUAGUCAACCUUGAUAAUAAAGAUAAAAGUAUGCAAAAGAAAGGUUAUCGUAUACUAGAAGAAUUGUGUGAUAGUAAUUCAGAAGCUGCAAAAGACUUAGUUAAAGAUAAGUUUACUGAAUUAAAGAAAAUAUUUGUGGAUUCUCUUUCAAGUGCAGUACCAUCAUCAAAAGCUCCUCGGUUGCGCUGCAUUUCAUUACUUAUAAAAAAGCUUGAUUCAAGUCAAAAGGAUUUUUUGAUAACAGUAAUCCCUGAGGUAAUACUUUGUACAAAAGAAGUUGGUGUUAAAGCAAAAACAGCAGCAUUUGAUCUUUUGGUUGAUAUUGGAACAUCACUUGUUUUCUUAAGCAGUAAACCAAAAGAAGAAUGUAUUGAAGAAUAUUUUAAGAUAGUAAUGGCUGGAUUGGCUGCUUCACCCCACAUGAUAAGUGCAACACUGUUAGCAUUCACCAAACUUAUUUUUGAAUAUAGAUAUUGUCUUUCUUCAAAGUUGGUUGGUUCUAUACUUGACACUGCCAUAUCAUUACUCAAGUCAAAAUCCAGAGAAGUGAUCAAAUCUAGCUUGCUGUUCAUACGUGCUGUUGUCAAAAUUUUUGACUCAAAUGAAUUGAUUGAGCACUUACCAACUUUGAUACCAAAUUUAUUUGCAUGGAAUGUAAAAAGCAGUGGUGCUUAUCGCCAACAAGUACGGGUAAUAUUAGAACGCCUGGAUAAAAAAUGUGGGUACCAUUUAGUUAGAAAUUUUGUACCUGACGAACAUAAGCGAUUUAUUAUACAAAUUCAUAAAACCCUUAUGAGAACCAAACGCCAAAAAGAAGCAAAGAGAAACCAGGAUGAAGAAGUUGAUGAUGAAGAAGAAAAAGCAUCUAAAAAAGGAGCUACUUUAUGGCAGGAUGUGCUAGCUGACUCUGAUAAUGAAGAAAAUAAACCGGCUCCUGGUAUUAAAAAACCAAAUAAAAAGGGAAAGGAAAACAAAAGUUGGAUUCUUGAGGGUGAAGAUGAAGUAGACUUAUUAGACUCGAAAGUUGCUAAAAAUAUUGUUGCUUUUAAACCAAAGCAAGCGAAGCAAAAGUUUAGUUUUCCACUUAACAAUGACGGGAAAUUAUUAAUUGAUGAUGAAGACAAUAAAAAUAAAGAUGAAGAUACACCACUAAACAUAGGUGCUACAGACAUUCUAUCAGGUUUUGAUAAAACUCCUAAACAAAUAAAACUGGGAAAACGUAAACAUCUUGAAGAUAUGCCAGAAAAUGAAAAUUCUCUUUCUACAUAUAAACCUGGUGGUGCUGGAAUUCAUCGUGAUAUAACUAAAAAGAAAAACUAUGGAGAAGAGUACAAGGCUAAGAAAGCGCGUGGUGAUGUAAAAUUGAAAGGAAAACCGGAUCCAUUUGCAUACGUUCCACUUGAUCGUCAAACUAUGAACAAAAGGAAAAAAUCUAAACUAAUAGGACGGUUUGAUGGCUUAGUAAAGGCUGCUCGUCGUGGGGCGAUUAAAGGAAGUAAAAAUAAAAGAAAGAAGAAUUGAGAAUUAUUUACAUCUAAGUACAAGUGCUUUUCUGGUUCAACUAUUUUAGUAAAAGGACAAUUUUCUCAGCAAACCAAUUUGCUUUGAUUUUUUGGCAUCUGUGCGAAUAUGAUUUUAUGAGGUUAAUAGAAAUAUAAUAAUAUGGUAUGAAAAAUGUGUAAUUAAGCUAUAAACGGGUGAUUUGAUUAGACUAAUAAAAUAAACUUACAUCUUGUAAUAUCUUGAUUGUAAUAGACAGAUCGAAGUAUA